AUGUACAACUCAAGUUAACAAAAUCACCUACAUUAACCCAAUAAUGGCCUCAACUUACCAGGACGAUCAACAGUACGAUGCAUCCGCAGAUGAGGAGAUGGCAGCGUUCCUCUCUGCGGUGUAUAUAGCCGGAGCCUACGCUGUCCCGAUGACUCUAAAGGCAGUCAUCGAGCUUGGCGUGCUCGAUAUCAUAGCCAAUGCUGGUCCUGGUCGGCAGCUGUCUGUCGCAGAGAUCGUGUCGAACAUUUGCACGAAUAACGCACAGGCCGCGACGGUACUCGACAGGAUGCUGCGGUAUUUGGCCAGCAGCUCGAUCCUGACUUGUUCGGGGACCGAGGGUGCUGGCCGUGUCGAGAGGCGGUAUGGCCUUUCACCGGUGGGCAAGCUUUUUGUUGGUGGCAAGGAUGGGGGAGCAUCUCUUGCUCCGUUGAUCAUCAUGAACAUGCACAAGGCUCGUCAAGAUAGCUGGCAAGAAAUGAAAUAUGCAGUUCUUGAUGGAGUGAUUCCCUUCAAGAAGAUCAAUGGAAUGCAUGAAUUUGAGUACAUGAAAAGUGAUCAUGAAUUAAGUAAGGUCUUCAAUAACGGCAUGUCGUGUGCCUCCGCUUUCAUCCUGAAAAUUGUAGUGGAUAGCUACCCGGGCUUCAAAGGCAUUCAAAAGCUCGUAGAUGUUGGCGGCGGUACUGGAGCCUCUCUUCAAACGAUCAUCUCCAAGUUUCCUCAAAUGAACGGAAUUAACUUUGAUCUGCCUCAUGUUAUCUCUGAUGCGCCAUCUAUCAAAGGAGUGGAACAUGUUGCCGGAGAUAUGUUUGAUAGCAUUCCAAGUGGGGACGCAAUCUUUAUGAAGUGGAUUCUUCAUGACUGGUCUGACAAAGAUUGCCUAAAGAUACUGAAGAAUUGUUUGAAGGCUCUACCAGGCUCAGGUAAGGUGAUCGUUGUCGACUUUGUCAUCCCUGAGCUCCCGGAUGAAGACACCAUGACUCAAGCCAUGUUCAACACGGACCUUUGCAUGUUGAAUUUCAAUGAGGGAAAAGAGAGGACCAAGGAUGAGUUUGAGUCCUUGGCAAAGGAAGCGGGCUUCUCUGAGUUGAAGCUUGUUCCUUCUGCUUUUGGUAUUCCAGCGAUCGAGCUCUACAAAUGAACUGUGUUUUAAAAAUAUACCGUUAUUGUGUGUUUGGGAUUUGCUUAUUUUGUUUCUUGCACAAGCUGAUGUCUGUCUCUACCGUUUUUAAAAUAAAUAAAAAAGAGAGUAGGUUCUCUAUUUCUUGA